CGAUAACUGUUCUUUCCCAUAAUCACACUUUUUGUCGGCGAUGAUUGCGUUUGCUACACCGUUGGGAAACACAAGUUGGAAACUUGGUUAUCGCUCACUCAAGAGCGUUAUCUAUUUCCAAUCUACUACAUCAUCCCAUCCAAGGAAACUCACUAUUCGUCCUAGCAUCCAACCAUGGCUACCUUUCGUUCAGAAUCAAAAAACAGUCGAUCAUCCUUCCCAUCUUACUAGCUCAUUCUCUUCUCCUAUGAUGACCUUGGGAGAUGGAGCAGAGUCUUCUACUGGGACCUCAUCUUCGAACGUUCGACAACCUGUCCAAUCCCUUCAAAAGUUGAUUGCUUUGACGUUUUACAUCGGUUGUUGGUACGCUGCCAACAUAUUAUUUAAUAUUUACAACAAACGUGUAUUAAAAGUCUUUCCAUUAUUCGCAACCGUAACUUUGGUACAAUUUCUGAUGGGUUCUCUCGUAGGAUUGGCACUAUGGAUAUCAGGAUUGCAUCGAUUUCAAAAGGCUUCUUUGGAAGAUUUGAAGAAAAUAUAUCCACUUGCACUCUCCCAUUUGAUUGGAAAUGUUCUUACCAAUGUGAGUCUUCGACAAGUGGCCGUUUCCUUUACACAUACUAUUAAAGCUGCAGAGCCUUUCUUUUCGGUUGCUUUAUCGAAACUUUUUAUUCCAGGGACUGCAUAUACCAUUUGGGUUUAUCUUUCUUUGAUUCCUAUCGUUGGAGGUGUAACAUUGGCUUCCAUUUCUGAAGUAUCGUUCAAUUGGAUUGGCUUUUUGACGGCAAUGGCAAGCAAUGUGGCAUUUCAGUCCAGAAACGUGUUAUCCAAAAAGUUUAUGAAAGGAGUCCAAUUCGAUAACCUCAAUCUAUUUGCAUACAUUUCCAUAUUGAGUUUUGUAACGAUGCUUCCUUUUACUUUGUUAUUGGAAGCUGGUCGAUGGAGAGAAAUGGCAUCGGUUGCUACUCAUAUCGGUAGUGAAGGUUGUACAAUUCCGGUAUUGUUAUUGCGCAUUGCGAUUGCCGGAUUUCUACAUUUUCUCUACAACCAAUUUUCUUAUGUAGUUUUAAAAAGAGUAAACCCAGUGACCCAUUCCGUCGGUAAUACGAUGAAACGAGUGGCAGUGAUUGUUUCUUCAGUCAUUGUUUUCAAAAAUCAAGUUACUUUGCUGAAUAAGAUUGGGACGGCUAUUGCUAUUGCUGGAGUUGCUAUCUAUUCACAAGUAAAGAAUAUAUCCACCAAGAAGAAGGAGAAAAUAGAAUAGAGAAAGUUUUUCCAUUUUAGAAGACUCUUAUCAAU